UGGCACGGCGAUAAUAAGAAAUUGAUAGAAGAAACAUAUGUACAUUUAUUCAUUGCUUAUCAAAUGAAGACAACUCGGAUUAUUUGAACCACCGAAUAACGAAUAAAGAUAAAGUAUUUUUUUAUUCGAAUGGUUAUUUAAAUAAGUAUAUAUCGAGACAAUGCCCAACUCUGCCACGUAGUACAAAAUAACAAAUUUAAAACGUGGAUGUAUAGAACAGUUCGAGUUUGUUGUCGCAUGGUGUACCGUCAUAUUUUAAAAUUUUCAACAUGCAAUACAUAUACCGGUUACCAUUUGCAGUUUUGGAAGUGCCUAAUCUAAAAUUAAAAAGGCCAUCCUGGUUUGUGAAACCUAGUGCUAUGGUUGUUUUUUCACUCAUACUUUUAUCAUACUUCUUAGUAACAGGAGGUAUUAUAUAUGAUGUAAUUGUGGAACCACCCAGUGUAGGUUCAACAACUGAUGAACAUGGGCAUACAAGACCUGUAGCAUUUAUGCCAUAUCGUGUAAAUGGUCAAUAUAUUAUGGAAGGACUAGCAUCUAGUUUCCUGUUUACUUUAGGUGGAAUUGGCUUUAUAGUAUUUGAUCAAACACAUGGUCCAUCAACUCCAAAACUAAAUAGGAUUCUUUUAACAUGUGUUGGAUUCAUCAGUGUUAUUGUGUCAUUUAUUACCUGUUGGAUUUUUAUGAGGAUGAAGCUACCGGGAUACCUGCAAUCAUAAAUGCAAUCAGAAUUGUAUGUUUCCACUAUUUACAUUAUUCAGCUAUAUCUUAAGGAUAUUAAGAGGAAUGUAAUUUCUAUAUACAAUUCUAAUGAAAGACUUCUCAAAUAAAUAUGUAUUGUUUUUUCCUUUUCAA